ACAAAAAAAAAAUCAUAAUUAUGUAUUUUUUUGAAUCAGAUGCCCAUGAAAUAACACAAGACAUAGUCCAUUAUUGUUUAAACAAAUCCCAGCAGCCAAAAAAUAAAGUAAUUUUAUUUAAACAAAAUUCUGAUUUUUCUUUAGUCAAACUAAAACCCCCAACUAAGAAUAAUAAAUACUUAACACCAAUCCCUUCCAAUUUUCAAAUCUCAUCUUCUCCUUCCUUCUUCGUCAAUUUCAGAAUUUCCCCAACCCAAAUUCGAACGCACACAGCUCCAAAAUUUCUUCAUAUUCAUACCCACAUGGCAGCUAAGAGAAUCAGAGAAGAAUUUGGAACUUCCGACAUCGCUAAAUCCCUAACGCUUCUUUCUUAUGGAAUUCAAGAAUCAUCAGACCCUAAAUUUCAACCCCAAAACGUCGCCCUUUUCGAGUGUAAAACCUGCAACCGCCAGUUCCCGUCCUUUCAAGCUCUCGGCGGCCACCGUGCCAGCCACAAGCGGCCACGGACAUCGGUGGAAGAGCCGAAAGACACGGCGGAUUUGAAACAGAAAAUUCACGAGUGUGGUCUUUGCGGGCAGGAGUUCUCUUCCGGGCAGGCCCUCGGCGGACACAUGAGACGGCACCGGGUGCCGCCGUUGGCAGUGGCGGUGGCGGAGAAGAUUCCGGUUUUGAAGAGGUCUGGGAGUACGAGAGUUAUGUGUUUGGAUUUGGACCUUAAUUUGACGCCAUUGGAGAAUGACUUGAAAUUGCUCUUUGGAAAAAUGGCCCCAACCGUUGAUCUUGUUCUUUGAUUUUAGGUUCUUCUUUUUCAAAAUUGUUCCUUUUUUUUUUUUUUCCUUUUCGAUUCUUUCAUUUGUUGUAAUUUAUAUACAAAGAAAAAAGAAAAAAGAAAAAAAAGAAAAUACUUCUUAAAUUAUUUUGCAAUGAAAAUUAAAGACUAAAUUUUGUUGUUA